GGUAGGUGCAUUAGCGGUUGAUUUAGACUGCCUACCGGAGCAUUCUUUCCAUUGCCCCUCCAUCGCGGUGCUCCCCGGCGCCCAUCAAUCACUACCUCUUCGUACACUAAGGACUAAUAAGUAGGAGCGCCGUCAUUAAGUGCCUCCCUAGACGAUCAAAUGAGUAUAGAUAGACACGUUGGAAGUCAGUACCAACACAAUGGCCACCGCACCAAGCCUGCCGCCCAUCUCUUCACUGCCCGACGCAGAUGAAGCAACAGUCACAUCUAUCUUGGAUACGCUCUUCGAGCCGUCGUCCGAGCUACGCGCCAUCGCCGUCCCCGCCAUCCAGCGGAGAAGACGCUUUGUCGCCAACCCGGAUGUCCUAGCAGAUCGCCCCGACGACGACACCGCCUUCACCACCUACGCCUCUCUGAUCCGCUACGUCGGGUCCCUGCUGCAACAGCUCGCCGUGUACUCCGCCUCUCCUGCCUCUCCUUCGUCCUCUGCCUCGCGGGAGAAGCUCCAUGACAUCCUGGGCUCGCACCCGCGCCUCGGCGAAAAGAAAGUCGACAGCGCCCAGAGCCGCGCCGAACAGGCGCAGCUGAACACGGGGGGCGCCGCCGACGAGGCUGAGCGCCUAGCUGCGCUGAACGCCGAGUACGAGGAGAAGUUCCCCGGCUUGCGGUACGUGGUCUUUGUGAAUGGCCGCAGUAGAGACGUCGUCAUGGAAGACAUGCGGAGACGUAUCGAUCGAGGGGACAUUCGGGCGGAAGAGAAGGAGGCUAUUUCGGCAAUGGUUGAUAUUGCGAUGGACCGAGCUAAAAAGCUGGGCUCUGAUAGCUGAGAAAGAACUUUGGCUUGUUUGAUGUGAGAUAUAGUUGCAUCUCGGGGGCGUGAUUUGGGAUGGAAUUGCUGCAUGGCGGCAAUCUUCUAUGAGCAAAGCGAAUCACACUGGUUCUGCGCAGAUAAAACAGCUUGCGCUGGCUUCUCCCAUUUCAGCUUGCGUUAAGACACCUUUGACUUGGGAGUAUUGGAGGCGCUACAAGCUCGCACGUUUUUAUCCUGGUCUUAUCGAGACAGAGUAUUAUUCUGCUUCAGCAUUAUAGAAAGCGGGAGUUAGAGGGUGUAGGUAGCAUUUCGCCGGGUAGGAAGUUAUUCUGGGUGCGCUUAGAUUCAAUAG